UCAACAGCAGCGCACCACGUGGAUGCGGUUGUAUUCUGGAGUAUUUCAGACACGUAGCAUUACACAGAAGUAUUACAUUUUCGGAGUUUCAGACGUGUAAAGAGAUUGAAAAUCAGCGUCUCGUCAGUUAGUCGAAAUACAUUCUCCUGCAAUUUACCUGGAUUUUUAUAUCUGUUCAAUACUUGGAGAAAAAGUAACAUAAGUUUACAAUGCCUGCUGCACCAAGUUCAACGUCAGUGGGAGCGGCUGGCCGUUCACCAAGUAAAGCAGUGGCACCUCGUGCUGGAGGUGGAGGUACCGUGAGACAACGAAAAACUGCUCCAGCAACUUCAGCCAGGAAUAGGAAUACUGGAACAAACUCCGGAGGAAUGUGGAGGUUUUAUACUGAUGACUCUCCCGGAAUCAAAGUAGGCCCAGUUCCAGUUCUCGUCAUGUCUCUGCUCUUCAUUGCAUCAGUUUUCAUGCUUCACAUUUGGGGAAAAUACACAAGAUCUUAAGCAUAUAGCAUAAAAAUUCGUAUUUCGAAGACUGUGAAUUAAUAACUCGAAGUUGUCCCGAAGUGAAAAAUAAAUCGCCGUUAGUACAUGCGACAACUUAAACUUCCACACCAACUUCGUUUACCACAAUGAAAACUUGUGAACAAUUUAUUACUAUAAGUGUAAAAUUUAAAUUAUUCCAUUGUUUAUUACUUAGAAUUACUGACAUAUCUAUUAUAUAAAAUUUUUUUCCAAUAAGAAA